AUGGCGAAUGCAGCAACCCCUCCGCUCUCUGUCCAAACCCCAAAACCCGCAAAACGGUCGUUCUUCAAGAGGCCAGCCUGGGCAACGGCGGAGGAGACCAAGUCGGAGACGCCACAGACGGGAUCGGAAUCGUUCAGGCACUCGAGCAGAGUAUUUGCGGAGAUAGUUGAGGAGCAAAAGAAGAAAGACGAAGAGAAGGCUAGACAGAAAGAGAAGGAAGAAAGACGCAAGAAGCGAAAGAGCGAGGAGAGCGAGAGGCAUGCAAAACGGCGGAGGGCCAGUGGAGAGGGAGAGGGAAGUGAAAGCCCUGCUCAUAGGAGUCCUAGGGAAGGCUCAAGCAGGACUCCUCAACUCACCAGUCCCCGCAGAGCCACUCGCUCGAAUAUAGAUUCCACCUCGCUCUCCGCCCGCUAUGAGGAAGCACUCAGACCCUCGGUACCGCGCGAUGACAUUUUCGCCAGCCACAUAAUCGAUCUUGGCGACGACACAGACGACUCCGACGAUUCCUCGAGACAGCCAGUCUUGCACAGACAACCCACGCCGAUAAUACUUGAAGAUGACGACGAUAUGGAGCCAAUCCUUGAACCCGAACCGAUAGCCCUUCAAAUGCGAGAGCGUGAUCCACAAGCGGAGUCCUCUCGCAAUCCACCCCCCAUCGUUAGCUCUGCGCCAAUACCGAAUCCCGUAGUCAAACUCUUCAUAUCGUCCCCAAUAGAAGGCACCACACCCUUGAUAGCUACCCGAAAGCUAUUGCAACCGCUUGGAGAUGUUCGCACGGCCUGGUGUGCCAAGCAAAUUUUUCCUCCAGGCAUCACACCUAGCAUGAUUUUCCUCACCUACCGGAAGCGCCGCCUUUUCGAUGUUGCUACGUGUAAGAGUAGCAUUGGGCUAGAAGUUGAUGCUCACGGGAACCUAAAGCCGAAGCAUGAUCACGAUGACUUUGAUGAUGAGAUGGAAGACAGGGUGCACUUGGUAGCAGUCACCGAGGAGAUUCUUGUGGAAAUGAAGAGACGGGCAGAGCUAGGAAUACAUGAGUCCGAGCCGGCAGAAGAAGUGGUAGAGGAAGAGGAAGAAGUUGUCAAAGAGCAGCCCAAGUGUAGGCUGAUUCUAAAGGCUAAGGGAAUUGAGGAUUUCAAACUGGCUGUGAAACCCGAAACCACAUUCAAGGACAUCGCAAAUGCAUUUCGCCGCCACAAUAAGAUGCCCGAUACUAGGCAAAUCACUCUCUUCUUCGAUGGCGAUCACUUAGAACCACAGGAUAUGAUCAAGGGCUCUGAUAUCGAGGAUAUGGAUGCCAUUGAGGUACACAUUAAGUGA